AUGACACAAACUAAUCUCGUUUCCGUUCUCCUUGAAAUUCAUGGUGAUCUACAACACCUUAGUAACGGUGUCAUUGUUGCUGAUUGUUCUCAUUCCAGUGAAUUCUCAUGUGAUGAACAACAAGAAAUUCUCUUCAAUUCAAAUGUCACUUUUCGAUUGGAUAGUGUGAAAAUGGAAGAAGAAAUAUGGUUGAUUAAAAUGAAUGCAUCGAAUGAAGGUCAAAGUAUCAAAGAAAAAUAUAUCAAAGACUCACAUCGUCAAAGGGAAGAUCUGAGCAUCGAGCUUCUCUUUGGACGAUUGAUGUGUGAUAUGGGUUUAUGGAAUCAAUCACAACAUUUCUUAGAAAAUUUAUUGAACAACUCGAAUAACAACAAGGAAGAUCUGUCGAUGGUUGAAUGUAGUCUUGGUGAGGUUCUUCAAUGGAAAGGAGAAUGGAAUGAAGCACGGAAAUAUUAUGAUCGUGCCUAUGAUCGAAUAAUGAAAGUCACACCCACAUCGAUCAACAACUUAGCAUUUAUAAUCUUUAAUAUUGGUGAAAUUCUUCAUCUGGAAGGAAAAGGAUUUCGAGGAAGUUUUGGCCGAUUCUUAUCGAAAUAUACGGCCAACAAAACAGAGCAAGUCGGCAAAGAAUUGACUGCAAGACGUAUGUUAAAAAUGUGUCGAAAUAUACAGGAAAUUGGCCAAUUGCAAAAGGGUGAGAGAAACACAGGUGAUAUUGCGCUUAUUGCUGCUAGUCUCCGUGGUUUUGGCAAGAUCUUCGAUCGGCAAGAACAAUAUGAUGAAGCACUUUACUCUCAUGAACAAGCACUGACAAUGUUAGAAAAAUAUUAUGAAUCAUCUCAUAUCGAUAUCGCUGUUAGUUAUUACUAUAUAGGCCAGGUUCUUAGGCAUCAAGGAGAAUAUGAAAAAGCUCUCGACUUCAGUCAACGAGCAUUAUCAAUUUAUACGAAAUAUUAUCCAAAUGGCCAUGCAUACAUCGCUUCCAUUCUCAACAGUAUCGGUCACAUUCUCUACUGCCAAGGCAAACAUGAUGAACCUCUGAAGAUGUUUGAACAAGCAUUGGCUAUGCUGCAAAAGUAUUAUGCAUUUGGUCAUGUUGAGAUAGCAUUUGGUCUCGCUGGAAUAGCAAAUGUUCAAUAUCAAAGAGGAAAAUACGAUCGAUUUCUGGCAUUUAAUGAACAGGCGCUUGAAAUUUUACGGAAAUUUUAUUUUCCUGGUCACGAUGAGAUUAUCUGUAUUCUCAACAAUAUUGGCUAUAUAAAAAAUGAACUAGGAAAGUAUGAUGAAGCUCUUGAUUUUUAUCGACGAGCAUUGGACAUGCAAGAGAAAUUUUAUCCAUCUUAUCAUGCUAACAUUGCUGACACUCUCAAUGCCAUGUGUAAUGUGCUACGUUGUCAAUCAAAAUAUGAUGAGGCUCUAUGCUAUUGCCAACGAGCACUAACAAUGCAAGAGAGCUAUUAUCCAUCUGGACAUGCUUCAAUAGCCUUGAGUCUCAACAAUAUUGCUAUCAUUUUAAUCGAUCAAGGAAAGUACGAUGAGGCUAUUGGUUUCCAACAAAGAGCACUUGCAACUGUCGAAAAGUAUAAUCCAUCAAAUCAUUCUUCCAUUGCUAUUUAUAUGAAAAACAUCGGGUUUAUAUUAAACAAACAAGAAAAGUAUGAUGAAGCUCUCGAUUUUCAUCGACGUGCACUCAAAAUAGAAGAAAAAUAUUGUCCAUGGCAUGAGCGUGAGAUUGCCAAGACUCUCAGUUUUAUCGGUGUUAUUCUCGUUGCACAGCACAAAUAUGAUGAAGCCUUAGAAUUUUAUCAUCGCGCACUUGAAAUGCAAAAGAAAUUCUGUCCUGAUGGUCACAUCGAAACCUCUCAUACUUAUAACUUGAUCGGUAAUAAUUUAUAUGAUCAAAAGAAGUACAUUGGAGCUAUAGAGCUUUAUGAAAAAGCCUUGGCUAUUCAAGAAAAACAUUAUGAAUGUCCUCAUAUUGACACCGCGCAGACUCUAAAUCGUAUUGGUAAUGCCUUAUAUAGUCAAGAGAAAUAUGCUGAAGCUACUGAAUUCUAUAAACGAUCGUUAGCUAUUCGAGAAAAACUCAAUCCAUUUGGUGAUGCUGGAAUUGCUACCGUUCUUUGCAAUAUUGGAAAAGCCCUCUAUGAAGAAAAAAAAGACGAUGAAGCUCUUGAGUUCCAUCGACGAGCAUUAAUAGUUCGAGAGAAAUUCGACACAAGUAAUCUUAUCGAUAUCGCCGAUAGUUUGAAUUUUAUUGGUAAUGUCCUAUAUCGCCAAAAAAGAUAUUCUGAAGCUACUGAAUUCUAUAAACAAUCAUUAGCUAUUCGAGAGACAUUACAUCCAUAUGGUAAUACUGGAAUCGCUACCGUUCUUAGCAAUAUUGGGGGUGCUCUGCGUGAACAAAGAAAAUAUGACGAAGCUGUUGACUUUCUACAACAAGCAGUGGUAGUUCUCAAAAAUAGUUCACCUACUGAUCAACGGGCAAUAGCUAGCGAUCUCAAGAACAUUGGUUUCUUUCUAGUUCGCUAUGGCAAUAAAACAUAA